AUGGAAGAGGGCUUCCGAGACCGGGCGGCUUUCAUCCGUGGGGCCAAAGACAUUGCCAAGGAAGUCAAGAAGCAUGCGACCAAGAAGGUGGUAAAAGGCCUGGACAGAGUCCAGGAUGAAUACUCCCGCAGGUCCUACUCUCGCUUCGAGGAAGAGGAGGAUGAUGACGACUACCCGGCCCCCGCCGAUGGCUAUUACCGUGGGGAAGGGGCCCAGGACGACGAGGAAGGUGGCGCAUCCAGCGAUGCCACUGAGGGCCACGAUGAGGAUGAUGAGAUCUACGAGGGCGAAUAUCAGGGCAUCCCCCGGGCAGAGUCUGGGGGCAAAGGCGAGCGGAUGGCAGAUGGGGCGGCCCUGGCUGGAGUGAGAGGGGGCUUGAGUGACGGGGAAGGCCCUCCCGGGGGUCGUGGGGAGGCACAGCGGCGGAAAGAACGGGAAGAGCUGGCCCAGCAAUAUGAAGCCAUCCUGCGGGAGUGUGGCCACGGCCGCUUUCAGUGGACGCUCUAUUUUGUGCUCGGCCUGGCGCUAAUGGCUGACGGUGUCGAGGUCUUCGUGGUGGGCUUCGUGCUGCCCAGUGCUGAGAAAGACAUGUGCCUGUCCGACUCCAACAAAGGCAUGCUGGGCCUCAUUGUCUACCUGGGCAUGAUGGUGGGAGCCUUUCUCUGGGGCGGUCUGGCUGAUCGGCUGGGUCGGAGACAGUGCCUGCUCAUCUCACUCUCAGUCAACAGCGUCUUCGCCUUCUUCUCAUCCUUCGUCCAGGGUUACGGCACUUUCCUCUUCUGCCGCCUCCUUUCUGGGGUUGGGAUUGGGGGGUCCAUCCCCAUUGUCUUCUCCUACUUCUCGGAGUUUCUGGCCCAGGAGAAGCGCGGGGAGCAUUUGAGCUGGCUCUGCAUGUUCUGGAUGAUUGGCGGAGUGUACGCAGCUGCUAUGGCCUGGGCCAUCAUUCCCCACUAUGGGUGGAGUUUUCAGAUGGGUUCUGCUUACCAGUUCCAUAGCUGGAGGGUCUUUGUCCUCGUCUGCGCCUUUCCUUCCGUGUUUGCCAUUGGGGCUCUGACCACGCAGCCCGAGAGCCCCCGCUUCUUCCUGGAGAACGGCAAGCACGACGAGGCCUGGAUGGUGCUGAAGCAGGUUCAUGACACCAACAUGCGCGCCAAGGGACACCCGGAACGAGUCUUCUCAGUAACUCACAUUAAGACAAUUCAUCAGGAGGAUGAACUGAUUGAGAUCCAGUCAGACACAGGGACCUGGUACCAGCGCUGGGGGGUCCGGGCCUUGAGCCUGGGGGGGCAGGUCUGGGGGAAUUUUCUGUCCUGCUUUGGUCCCGAAUAUCGACGCAUCACUCUGAUGAUGAUGGGCGUGUGGUUCACCAUGUCUUUCAGCUACUACGGACUGACUGUCUGGUUUCCCGACAUGAUCCGCCAUCUGCAGUCGGUGGACUAUGCAGCCCGAACCAAAGUGUUCCCUGGGGAGCGUGUAGAGCAUGUGACUUUCAACUUCACACUGGAAAAUCAGAUCCACCGAGGGGGACAGUACUUCAAUGACAAGUUCAUUGGGCUGCGUCUGAAGUCCGUGUCCUUUGAAGAUUCCCUCUUCGAGGAGUGUUACUUUGAGGACAUCACAUCCAGCAACACAUUCUUCCGCAACUGCACGUUCGUCAACACUGUGUUCUACAACACUGACCUGUUUGAGUACAAGUUUGUGAACAGCCGUCUGGUGAACAGCACAUUCCUGCACAACAAGGAGGGCUGCCAGCUAGAUGUGACGGGCACUGGUGAAGGUGCCUACAUGGUAUACUUCGUCAGCUUCCUGGGGACGCUGGCUGUACUUCCAGGGAAUAUUGUGUCUGCUCUGCUCAUGGACAAGAUUGGCAGGCUCAGAAUGCUUGCUGGCUCCAGCGUGAUGUCCUGUGUGUCCUGCUUCUUCCUGUCCUUCGGAAACAGCGAGUCAGCCAUGAUUGCAUUGCUCUGCCUUUUUGGAGGGGUCAGCAUUGCAUCCUGGAAUGCGCUGGAUGUGUUGACUGUGGAACUCUACCCUUCUGACAAGAGGACCACAGCCUUUGGCUUCCUGAAUGCCCUGUGUAAGCUGGCAGCUGUGCUGGGGAUCAGCAUCUUCACAUCCUUCGUGGGAAUCACCAAGGCUGCCCCCAUCCUGUUCGCCUCAGCUGCCCUUGCCCUUGGCAGCUCUCUGGCCCUGAAGCUCCCCGAGACCCGGGGGCAGGUGCUGCAGUGAGGGGGUCCAUGGGGCCCUGGGGGUGGUGGGCACACUGUGAGACCAACAGCUCCUCCUCUCCCCCCCCGCCCCCGUGCCCUGCCGUCCUGGCCCCAGAAACCUCACUCCCCAUUCCUUCGGUGUCUUAGCUGUCCGUGCGUGUGCGUGUGCAUGUGUGACCCCCAUGGGCAGGGCGAUAGGGAAGGUUCUUCCUCCCAGUUUGGGGUGAAGCUACUCCCCACCUCCUACCACCCUUGACUUUGCACACAAGACCGAGCCCAUCUUGCUCUCCCCCAGUGUUAGUGAGGGGCCCUUGUUUCCCUGCUCCAGGGGUUCCAGAAUAGGCUUCAUGCCUUCCCCCUCCUUCCCUCUGCUUAGGCCCUGGGGAAACCAUGGCUGAGCAGAUGUGUGGGGGACUGGGGCCAGGGUACACACCAGGGACCAAAAGAACUUCUUACAGGCGGGGUGGGGGGCCUCCUGUUGGAUGCUGGGGGAGCAGCAAUAAACCUCAGCCCUCUGGUCUCCACUUUCCCCUCAAUUUGGGCUUCAAAUAUGAAGCCUGAAUUUUAUGUAAUUAGCUGAUUAUUUAUUUAUGUAUGAAGUUCUGAGGCAGCUCAGUGGACUGUGUGUGAAUGUGUGUGUACACUUAUGUAUGUGUGUGCGUGCCAUGAGGUGGUGGUAUCACUGUACUGUCCUCAAAUAUAAGCCAAGGGUAAUUUCAGUGGACACACACACAACCCUGCCUCCCAUGGUACCUCCCCGAAGCUCGUAUCUGUGCUGGGCCUGGGAGGGAGAAGCUCGAGGGCAGGCUGGGGUAAGAGUCCCAUGGUCUAUCUAGGGAGACCUGGGGGUACCGGACAAGGCCUAUCUCUCCUUCCUGUCAAGCCAAGGCCUCCUCUGGAGGGAGAGGCUGCCCCUGCUACAGCAGACAGGAAGCACACAGCACCUUCCCAGGCCCCCAAGGUCUGUCAUGGGCUGGGGAGCAGGAGAGGGAAGGAAACCAGGGAUGUGGACAAACCAGCAGAUCAAAAAGCACAAGGAGCUGGAGCGAGGCAGGAAGCAGGGGCCCCCUGGCAACUCCUCUAGAAGUGAGGAGAGGUUGGGCAGUGAGAGACCCCUAAUGCAGGGACCAGAAACCUGUUUCCCCACCUCACUCUUCCACACAAUAGCCUCUGUAGGUGAAGCUGCCCCACCCCACCCUACUCUGUGUGGCUGCUUUUGUUGGUGCCUCCUCCCACCUCCACCAUAGCUGUGAUGUGUUGUAGUUUUUAGCUGUCUGUAAAAUGUUAAAAAAAAAAAAAAAAAGUUAAAAGGAAAAAAGUGAAAAUAACAACAAAGAAAAUCCAAAUGCACCCUCUUCACGCUGCAUCUGGUGCCCUCAACCCGUGGCCACUCCCAUUUUGUAACUGAACCAGGUGGUGACUGUUUAACUCUGGUGUAUGUGCUAAAGGACUGCCUUCUCCUCCAGUGCCCAGUGUACGAGUGUGUGCCCUCUCCCCUGCACCCCAGGGAGACCCAUCCAUCUCCCUUGCUCUCCUGGGGAACCCUAAAUCUGACUAUUGAUGUGAAAAAUGAAAUGAAAAAUACCGACAAAAAAUAAAGGGAAACAAAUCCUUAAAAUCCAAAA